CCGCCCGUCUCGGCCUCCCAAAGUGCUGGGAUUACAGGCUUGAGCCACCGCGCCGGGCCUAAAAUAAAUUUAAUACUGAUUUCUACGUAUAUAUACUUCACCAGUUUUUUUUCCAAUAACAAAAUCCAAAUCUUAAGUCUCUUCUAUAGAUUAGUUGUCAUAUUUAUGGUACGUUAUUUAGGAGCUUAGAUACAUUUAAACAAAAAGCAUAUCUUUAAAUUCAUGAUGUAAUAGUAACACAUAUUUAAGAAUAGUUCCUUAUAGCAAGUGCUUUUCUUAGCUAUUAAUGAGACUUAAGAGUUAACAGCCUUUCACCUAUUUGGUAAUGAACUCAGUAACUCUGCCCAGCUCCUACGUAAAACCCUGCCACUACUGUGUGCUAUGAAAGGACUAGCAGAUUUGAAAAAUCUCAACGUUGAAUGUUGCUUGACUCUCCCAAAUUAAUGUUUGAGAAAUUAUUUUUCAAUCAUCUCUUUGUUCUGUCAUAAAAAUCUGAUUUAAAAAAUACUAAAAACUAUUUUGUAGAUUUUUAAAGCAAGCAAACAAGACAUUUAAAAGCACUGAAAAUGAUGAGUUUAUGUAUUUCUAUCUAAACAAGAAGAUUCGGAGGAAUCUUCUAUCAGGUUAUAGGAGCUAAAUAUAAUAUUGUAUACAAAACAUUUCAGUGUUGUCUUUUUACAUGUUAUGCAUAUGAUUCCUUUUGUAGUUUGAUAUGUUUUGUAAAUCAUUUAAAGGUGUUAGUAUUUUAUUGUGUGUUUUGGUUAACAGUAUUCAUUUCCUUUUAUAAUAUGAUUGGACAAUUAGCUAUUCAGCACCAUUCUCAGCAGUUCAAGUUUUGUUAAUAUUUGAGGUACUAAUUACACCAGCAUAGAAUAUGCAUGCUGUGCUGUAGUCUUUUGUCUUGGAAACAAUGAACACACGGUUUUGUCAAGAGGCUUGUUUCCCAGGCUUGCUGAAAAGACAGCAAGACAAAAACUAAAGGCCAGUAUCACUUUAUGAAGCACACUUUUAUUUCUGCUUGAAGUAAAUCCACAUAAUUUAAAAUGAAACAUCAAAAGUAUAUUGGUAAAAGUGUGGUUUUUAAAUAUUUUAUCUAAGAGAAAAAGUGCAAAUGAUAAAAACAGCAACACAGCAGAGCCUUUAUAUAAUGAGGUCCGGAUUAUAUAAUUGCACAUUGCACAUUUAAACAGUCUUAUUUCUGAAUCAUUUAUUGAGCAUUUAUUAAAUUCUUACUAAAAGUCUUCCAAUAUUUAACAGAGACUAGAGUCUUUGCUACAUUUUUCCGGAAGCUGUACGGUUUUUGUUUGUUUGUUUUUUAAAAAGGUAGUUUAAAUGUCAGCUAACUUACAGUAGCCAAAAAAGCAAUGUCAUAGUGGUGUUAAUCAAAUCCUCUUGUUCAAUUUAACUACCAAUGAAUGAAAUUCCCAGUUGUACAGUCCAAGUCCUCCAAAUUCAAAUCCUGACUACAUCUGUAUCUCAUUCAUAAAGACCACCUAUAAAUAACAUUUUUCCAACUUUCCACUAGGAAAAUUUCCCAACAUACAGAAAAGAUGAAAUUAUAAUACAACCAGCAUCUGUAUAUCCUCUGCUUAGACUCAAUAAUUGUUAAUAUUUUAUUAAAUUUGCUUUAUGUCUAUAUGUAUGUGAUUUUUGUUUUAAUUGAACCUUGUGAAAAUAAGCAGCAGGUAUCACAGUUUGCCCCUCCAUACCUAAGCAUACAGCUUCUAAGAGUAAAGAAAUUCAUCUGUUUAACUGUCCUACACCUAAGAAAAUUAAUAAUUUUAUAAUGUCCUCCGAAAUCUAUUCCAUACACAAAUUUCUGGUUACCUCGAGAAAUGUCUUUUAUUUAUUAAAAAAAAAAACCUACAAUUGAGAAAGAGAUUAAGACUAAUUUGUCCUUAAAUAUUGACAUGUUAUGGGGGCAAACUAGAGUUGGGAAUUGGGCCUAUCAUAAUACUGUUUUAAAAAUACUUUGUGUAGAAUCAUUCUCUUUACAUAACCUUCCAUAUGCUUUUCCUUUGCCCCUCACAAGAACUCUGAGCUAACAGGGAAGGUAUCUUUAUUUUACUAUUGAAGAAACAAAUUUAGAGAGGUUGUAAAUUUAUUUGCUGAGUCACAAGGCCAAGACUCACUCUUCUGACUCUACUCUUUUCGUUACACUCAGAACUUGAGACACUUCUCUCAUAGGCAGCUUCAUGUUAGUGUUAGUCAGUGCCUCUUAGGUCAGGUCAUAUUCAGAAACUGCAAUUACUUUGGCACCAACCUAAUAGUUUUAGAUCCAGAAAGAAUCUUAUACAUCAUUUUGUGUUUCUCAGAAGGGAGUGCCGUUGGCAUUUUAGGGGGAAUAAUUCUUUGCAUGAGGUUCAACAUAGCCCCCCUCCAAGUAUCUAACCAGCUAUUGUGACAAAAAACGAUCCCCUCAUAUUUUCAGAGGCCCUGGAUGAAAGGAGAUUACCCUGGAUUGAGAACCACUUACUAAUAUAACCACCUUGUUUUAAAGAAAGGAAAAGCAGAAUUGACAUUUAUCAACUGCUCUGUGACAGAUACCAUGCUAGGUGACUCACAUAACUUAGUGCUUACAUCAGCUCUUUGCUGUAGGUAGUAUCUUCAUUUUACAGAUGAAGAAAAUGAGUGUCAUUGCUUAUGUAACUUACCCAAGGUCACACAACAGGUAAGUAUUGAAGCCAGGAUUGAAACAUACAUCUGAAUGAUGCCACACACCCCCACCCCUGACUGUAUCAUACUACUUCAUAUGGACCUGAUCCAGUAUAAUAAGUUCUACAUUCCUGUAAUUUCUAUUUUUUCUGCUUUUUGUACCCUUUUAAAGAACAACCAAUCAGAAAAAGGUUUUGGAAAAUCUUUUGAAAAUACGUAGUUUUUAGAUACAAUGAUUUCGUAAGUUGAAUGCUCCAAUUUAAAUUUAACUCGAGUAAUCUUCAAAAAUGUCACUGAUUGUUGCACAGUGUUGUGGAUGUGCUUAAUGCCUUAGACUGUACACUUAAAAAUGGUUAAAAUGAUACAUUUAGCAUUGUGUAUAUUUUACCACCACAAUUUUUUUGAAUGUCAUUAACCCACCUGGAAACUGUGACAAAUACUGAGAAUUAAAAUUCAGAGUUUCAGCCGUCGAGACCAAGAUGGUGACGAGACUCAGCGCCUUCCUCAAGAAUGCCUGGGCCAAGGAGCCGGUGCUGGUCGUGUCCUUCAUCAUCAGGAGCCUAGCUGUAAUUCUGCCCCCACUCAGCCCCUACACCAAGUACUUCAUCAUGAUCAACGAGGUCACACCCUACAACUACCCAAUGCCCAUCCGCAAUGAUGGGAACAUGCCCGAUGUGCCCAGCCACCCCCAGGAUUCCCAGAGCCCCAGCUUGGAGUGGCUGAAGAAACUGAGCACCUCCACUGACAGAGGAGGCCCCUCCCAUGGCUCCCAAUACGAAUGUGAGAACCAGAAAAAAAAAAAAAAAAAUUCAGAGUUUCAGUGAAGCCAUUCUAC